AUGUCCAGUCUGCAGCUGCGACAGCUCCCCAGGUCCGUCUCUCGGCCACAGGCUCUCCAGAGAUGCAGGGCCCGUGCCCAAGACACCCUCAAGCGUCGCGGCAUGGCCUCUAAGGCCAACCCCACGCCCGACGCACCAGAAACCCUUCCGUGGCAGGAGUACCUCGCCAUCCGCAAGCGGAAGCGUAGAUGGGAGAUGGCCGUCACCAUCCCCUCCACCAUCGCCGGCUUCAUGGGCGGGAUCGCGUACUUUGGCACCAUCGAAGCCGACCCGACCAAGCCCAUAUUCAACAUCGACCCCAUGUUCGUGUACGGCGGCGCCACCCUCGGCUGCGCAGGCUUGGGCUACCUCAUCGGCCCCGUCAUCGGCUCGAACAUCUGGCGGACGACGCACCGUCGCCUCAUGAAGCUCAUCGAGAAGCGCGACAAGCAGUUCCACGAGCACAUCGUCCGGAACCGCGUGGACCCCACCCGCCAGAGCGCGACCAACCCCGUGCCCGACUACUACGGUCCAGAAGAUGGCUCUCUGCACGACUACAGACAGUGGUUGCGGGACCAGGCGAAGUUCCGCCGAAAAGCAUCUGGCUUCCUCUCCGAGGAGUAA